CUGUUCACACUGGCCACUUCACCAUAUUGAUUUUUCAACAACUGCAACCAACUUAACUUUUAUUGUGGUGUUACGUAUAUGUCAAAUAAUUUUCUUUCUGAGGAAUACAAUUCGAUCGAACCAAAAAAAUGGCUACAUCGCCAGCAGCUAGUCGAGGUUUGGUUGCUCUAUUUAAGCGUGGUUGGAAUGAGAUCCCCGAGGUCGUAGGCAGUGGUUUUAUGGCCGUAAUUGGAUUAGGAUUGGGAACCUUUGGUUUAUGGAAAUAUUACGAUGAAGAUGGUGAAAACCGACGAUUUAAACAAUCUAUGAUGAUCUACAGACCAGAUGAUCCUAGAGUGGAAAAAAUUAGAUACGAUUGAAGACGCUGUAUACACAUUCUGCAGUCUUCGAUGUAAAAUUAGAGUUUGUCGAUUAAUAAAACUUUGUUUCAUUUA